CUUUUUUGUUACAAUAAUAUUCUGUGUCCCAUGCAUCCAAAAACUGCACCCAGCUGUUUCACCUUAAUCUGAAUCUUCCUAGUUAGUACCUUAGCACUUAGCAGUCAGUAAGCGAAGCUAAGGCAGUUGCUCUAACAACUUCACAAGCCGUCGGCCCGCCCCUUAUCCUUUGGCCAUACUCCUAAGCAUAUAAAUACCUUAGUCCAUGCACACUAGCUCAUCACACAAUUACACAAACAUAUAAUACUAGUACUACUCAACUUGCAAACAUUCUCACCUAGAUAUGGCUGCUACUCUUCUUAAUGUUUUUUUAAUUGCUUCUUUUGUUGUCGCGGCUGCUGCUGCUAGUGCUAGCAAUUUCUAUCAGAAUUUCGACAUCACUUGGGGUGAUGGACGUGCCAAGAUCAUGAACAAUGGUCAGCUCCUUACCUUAUCCCUUGACAAAGCUUCUGGCUCGGGAUUCAAGUCCAAGAACGAGUACCUCUUUGGAAAAAUUGAUAUGCAAAUCAAACUCGUUCCUGGGAACUCUGCUGGAACUGUGACUACCUACUACUUAUCAUCUCAGGGUCCAAACCAUGACGAGAUAGACUUUGAAUUCUUGGGUAAUGCCACUGGCCAACCAUACACUCUCCAUACUAAUGUCUUCGCCCAAGGAAAAGGUGAUCGAGAGCAACAAUUCCGCCUUUGGUUUGAUCCCACUGCUGACUUCCACACCUACUCCAUCCUUUGGAACCCCCAAAGAAUCAUAUUUGCUGUGGAUGGUACACCCAUUAGAGAGUUCAAGAACAUGGAAGCCAUUGGAGUAUCAUUCCCAAAGAGCCAGGCAAUGAGGAUGUAUUCGAGUCUCUGGGACGCGGAAGACUGGGCAACUCAAGGCGGACGGAUCAAAACAGAUUGGUCCAAGGCUCCAUUCGUAGCUUCUUACAGGAACUUCAAUGCCAAUGCUUGUGUUUGGUCUAAUGGUAGAUCUUCUUGUCGUGGCUCCAGCGCUUCCUCUGCCUGGAUGAACCAACAACUUGAUGGUACAAGCCAGCAGAGGCUGCAAUGGGUGCAGAGGAACUAUAUGAUUUAUAACUACUGCACUGAUAUCCAAAGGUUUCCUCAAGGUCUUCCUAAAGAGUGCACUGCCACCGUUUCAUCUAGUACUAACUAAUAAGCAAUAAUAAUAAUAAUAUCUCCUUUUUCUCUAUAGUGAUUGUAAGAAUUUUAAUGUGUAAAAGAGAUUAAUAUUCUU